AUGAAUAGUACCAGACUGCGUCACAUUGAAAAUGCAUUAAAUAAUUUUAAUUUCAUGUCCCCUUUGGACAUUUAUAUGCGUUUAUAUUUUAAAAGUAAUAACAUAAAGAAUAGAGAUAAACCUUAUAUUUCAGAACAUGUCUACAACAUUAUUAAAAAUAAAACUCUUUUAGCAUACCUGUCUUCCCCUGUUUCAUUGUACACCAAUAUAAUAAAAACCUAUUUUUCAUCGGAUAAAUGGAAAUACGAAAUGAAUAAUGAGAAAAUUCCUGCACAUGUCAGAUACUCUUUCCCAAAGGAAUUAUAUGAUCAACUCAUAAACUGUUAUGGUGAAAAAAAAACUAUUACUUUAAUGUCAAUUUUGAAUGAAAAGGCACCUGUUUUUUUACGAGUUAAUACUAAUAAAAUAUCCAGAAAUGAUUUAUAUAAAAAUUUAAUGAGCAAAGGUAUUAGUGUUGAAAAGUGCGUAAAUUCCCCAAAUGGAUUAUUAUUAACAAAAAAUCAAAUAUUAAAAAAUAUUCAUGAAUAUAAAAAAGGAUAUUUUGAAAUUCAAGAUGAAGCAAGUCAAAUAGUUAGUUCAAAAAUACCUGUCAAACCAGGUGAUAAAGUACUUGAUUAUUGUGCUGGGUCAGGUGGGAAAACAUUAGCUUUUUCAGGUUCUAUGGAAAAUACAGGAAAAAUAUAUUUACAUGAUAUACGAGAUAGAAUGUUAUCACAAGCAAAAAUUCGAUUAAGACGUGCUGGAAUUCAAAAUUAUAUUCUUUUAAACUCAAAUCAUAUUUUAUUAAAAAAAUUAUUUGGAUAUAUGGAUAUUGUGGUUGUUGAUGCUCCAUGUACUGGUACAGGUGCGUUAAGAAGAAACCCAGAAAUGAAGUAUAAAUUUACAAAUGAAAAGUUAUAUGAAUAUAUGGAUUUACAAAGAAAAAUUUUUGAAAAAGCUUUAUUUUAUCUUAAAAAAAAUGGUAAAAUUGCAUACAUAACAUGUAGUAUAUUGGAUGCUGAAAAUGUACAUCAAGCAAAAUAUUUUUGUCAAAAACAUAAUCUUUAUUUAUCGGAGCCACCAUUUCAUUCUUUGCCACAAUCGAAAUCUAUGGAUGGUUUUUUUUUAGCGAUUUUUGAAAGAAAAGAAUGA